AUGAAGGCUCUCCUCCUCCUCCUCGCCCAGCUCUGCUCGGCGUCGCUGGUCCCCGAGAGGGAGAAGGACCCCGAGUACUGGCGGGGACAGGCGCAGGAGACGCUGCGGGAGGCGCUGCGCCUCCAACGCCUCAACCAGAACGUGGCCAAGAACCUCAUCCUCUNUGUCCCGGCAGGCAUGGGCGUCUCCACCGUCACGGCCGCCCGCAUCCUCAAAGGGCAACUGCAGAACCGCAAGGGCGAGGAGAGCCUGCUGGAGAUGGACAAGUUCCCCUACGUCGCCUUGGCCAAGACCUACAACACCAACGCGCAGGUGCCCGACAGCGCGGGCACAGCCACUGCCUACCUCUGCGGCGUCAAAGCCAAUGAGGGGACGGUGGGCGUCAGCGCCGGUGUCACCCGUGACCGUUGCAACACCACCAAGGGCCAGGAGGUGACCUCCAUCCUCCGCUGGGCCAAAGACGCAGGCAAGGCGGUGGGCAUUGUCACCACCACGCGGGUGACCCACGCGACACCCAGCGCUGCCUACGCCCAUUCCGCCAACCGCGACUGGUACUCGGAUGGAGAGAUGCCCCCAGAUGCGCUGGAGGGCGGCUGCAAGGACAUCGCCCGGCAGCUGGUGGAGAACAUCCCUGACAUUGAGGUAGGGAUGGGGACAGGGCUACCAGGGGACGGAUGCUGGUACCUCCAAGGGAUGCUGGUACCCCCCUCCAAAGAUGAUGGCCUCUUCGAGCCGGGUGACAUGGUGUACGAGCUGGAUAGGAAUAACGAGACGGAUCCGUCCCUCACCGAGAUGGUGGCUGUAGCCAUCAGGAUGCUCCAGAAAAAUCCCCGGGGGUUUUUCCUCCUGGUUGAAG